AUGAAUAUCGAAGGUCAUGUCAGAAACUUUGAAACACAUGAACUACCAGCAAUGUUAGAUAAAAAAGCAGACAAGAACCAUACACAUGAUUUCUUCACAACUGUUGCUAUAGAAAGUAUUGAAGGAACGGUUGAAGGAACUGGUGGGGAUGCAUUAUAUUGUAAACCUCCUAACUUUCCACAAGGUUUAACAUCGGAUGACGACAUAACGACGAUGAGAAACAUUAGAUGUAAAGAUGUUUAUGUCAUGAAGGAUGAACAUAAUAUUAAAUUCACUGCUCAAGAUUUAUAUGACAAGAAAGCAGACAAAACAGAGCUUCAAACAUUAAAGACUCAGAUUCUUCAAACAUUAUAUCCUAUAGGUUCUAUUUAUACGUCAAUGAACUCAACAAAUCCAGCAACAGUUUUAGGUUUUGGUACAUGGCAGCAGAUUGUAGACAAAUUCUUAUACUGUGCUAACUCUUCAAAGCAAACAGGAGGUUCGAAGAAAAUUACUGAAGCAAACCUUCCACCGCACACUCAUACAGGAACUACAAACUUUUCUGGCGACCAUAGCCACUCAUUAAGAGACCAUCCAUUAUACAACUCAGAAUAUAAAGCUGGCAAUGACGUUUUAUCUCCAUCUUAUAACAAUUCAGCAAAAAAGACUUUUCGACCAACUGAACCAGGAGGAAAUCAUGCCCAUACUUUCACAACAAAUCCAACAGGCUCGGGUGCAGAUUACAUGCCACCAUUUGUGACUGUAUUUGCAUGGUACCGCGUUCAAUGA